AUGUUAGGCCCAAGCUUCAAUCUAAUCACAACAAUCAUUGGAUUUGUUCUGAGCGCAGCUUUUAUAGCCUUUGUCUUCGCAAGAUUGACAUGUGUGAAGCUACGCUCGGUCGAGGCUCGUCAAAUGUUAGAAGUCGGCUCACGGGCUAAUCUCGAGUUGGCACGGCGUGAGAUUAUUAACGGCAUUGAACCAGUCGCAGUCGAUUCAAUCCCGAGAGAAAAGUUCGAUUAUGAAGCAUUCGGUUCUAGUGGAGAUUCACAAUGCAUAAUAUGCUUGGUAGAGUAUGAAGAGAGGGAAUCCCUUGGAAUUAUACCGAAAUGUGGCCAUAGUUUUCAUCUUUCGUGCAUCGAUGCAUGGCUUUCGAAACAAUCGACUUGUCCGAUUUGUCACCUUCCGGUACAACAAGAUGUCGGAACAAAACGUGCACUUUCAACAUAA